UUCUGAGGCCAAAAUUGAAUUCAGCAAAUCAAAAAACUCUUGGAAGAUAAAAUUUCCAUAAGUUAUUUUGUUAAAGUUGCCAUUCUUAAAGGUGGAGCUUAUCCUGGUACGAUGUACCUAUGCCGGAAUUGCCGGAGUCCGCGCGGGGAGAAUCGACAGAGACAUGAAUAUAUUCUGUCUCUUUCCAUGUUGGACAUCCCUACCAUUUUCUAGAAGGAAAGAAGCGCACAUACACAUACGACGAUACGACUCGUAUGAUACGAGUGAUACGACUUGGGCUGCGUUCCGUUUCAACGCAUGAUGCGCAUAAUGCAUUGUUCAUCCUUGUUUAACGUUUGACAAACAACAAGGAUGAACGAUGCAUCAUGCGUAUUAUGCGUGAAACGGAACGCACCCAGGUACGAGCCUACCUACUUGGUGCCUACUUGGGCCUCGGGCUGUUACAAUUAGUACAAAAAAUUUUCACAUACGAAAGUAAUACUGUGCAUUCAUCGAUUGGCAUGCAUCUUUUAGAUUCUAAAUUAUGUACCACUUAAUAAAUACACAGUGUUAUCUUUGUAAGCAAUUUUUUUUUCGUAAGAGUUCGAGAAUCGGGCUUCAGAUUGUAUAGUUAUGAACCUGUUCCCACACAAAAAGACAGAAUAUCCACCUCUCUGUCGAUUCCCCCGCGCGCGUCGCGAUGCACCAAGGCCCCUCCAUUAAUACAAGCUCUAUGCUCAGAGUAGACCCAGAACAGACAAAACGAACAAUACUUUUGGACCAAGUUCUCGAAUCGUGGAAAAAGAAUGAGAAAAAAUAUAUUUGUCUUAUUCUAACUUAUUGCACCAGUUCAGUAGUGCAGCGACAAAUAACAGGCCUAUAGUCUUAUUACAUAUAUGAUAAUUGCGUAUAUUUCAUGAACACGCGGCUACGGUCCAGAUGAAAACACACCGAGGAGGAGGCGAGGACGCAAAUUGUGCAUCCAGACCAGAUUCCAGAUCCGGUCCGCUGCAUUCACGAUGCUCGAAUGGUGGGAAUCGACGCACAUGCGCGUAGCCAGCUGAGCGUCUUGGUACUCUCGACAGUUUGAAUACCUUGAAGAAUUUUACAACACGUUGACGAUGUUAUGUAUAUUUACAUACAUAAUAAUUUUAUACAUAAUAAUACGCAUUCAGUGCGCAAGAAAGAAAGAAGAUAGCUUUGUCGCAAAAUGCUUUCGACAGUAGUCGAGACGCUCAGCUGGCUACGCGCAUGUGCGCCGGCUCCCCAUCCGAACAUUGUGGAUGUGGACGUGGAUGCAGCGGACCAGGUCUGGAAACUGGAAAGACUGGCGUCGAGAACUGCGAGAAGUUCGACUAGUCCGAGGUCCGAGGAGUGCUGAGGAGGUAGUAGGCGAAAGUAGCGAGACGCAAAACGCGUUAUUCAGCGUUAUUGCGCCACGCGAGAAGAGGUGACGGUGUUCCCUCUUGUUGCCUCCUUGGAUAAAAAAGAUCGAGUCGGAUCGCCAGAUUUUGACGCGCGCAUUUCCAACAGACGGGAAACAAAAUUGCCGUGCCGUGUCGUGUGUCGCAUCGCGUUGUGACGUGACGUCGCGGCUCUUUGUUGCUCUCUCCACUGUCAAGUGUCAGCUAUUGGAAAUAAGGACACAAUCAUACCCCCACGACUGUUGACAUAAUUAAUCUGACAUACAAUCUGACAUAAUUAAAGCGUGGUACUGUCCCAAUUGGAAAAGAAAUUGGGCGUAAGAAAAAGUGUUAGAGCGGCGUCCAAUUUCGUCGAGGGCUCGCUUUUCGAGGCAGCGAUUCGCCGUUCCUUCUGAUUUAGGAAGAGAAGUAGGCGAUUGACGUAGUGAAAGAUUGCGCACGUCUUACGGGAGGAUAUGCCGGAUAGCGGAGCCGUCUAUCAACCGACCACCGUCGGUUACACGUACGACAGCGGCGGUGACGGCAGCGGCGGUGGCGGCGGCGUCGGCGGCGGCGGCGCCGCCGCCGGGCUCAGGCAUGGCUUCUGGCGCGUCGUGGCAAGGCACAAGCUCAGCUCCAGGAAGUGGCUUGAAUGGACGUUGCUGUCGGUCGCGCUGUGCUUCUUCGUCGCCGGCCUCACGACCAUGCUCGUCAGCCUUGUCUCCGCGGAUGAAAGAGAUUCCGCGAAUAACGAUACCGCAUCGAAGGUGAAACCAGAAGGACAUUUAACAAUGGCUCCAGAUAUACAGCAGCAUGUUGAAAAUACAGGAAGAGGGUCUGUAGCUUUAGGUGCUGGAAUAAUGCUGGUUGGUGUACUCUUCGGCUGCAUUUGGGCAUGGCUCACUUUCUUCCAUCACAGCAAAUCGCCGAGGAACGGCAUGACGAGCAGCAGUGGUCAGAUGUUGGGCGGUUUGAAUCCAUCGACUGACUUGCUGGUGGGUUCCACUUCGCAGUACGGGCCAGUACUCACAGAGGUGCCAAGCCAGAUGAAGAUAAAGCAAGCCAGCGCGCACGACAUGUCGGCCAUACCGCUCUCCGAUCAAGAGGAGGAAAUGCACACGCUAAUGCAGGAUUCGGCGAGCCCACCAUCGGUUUCUGUUGGAUCUAACACCAUUGUUAAUCAAAUCCCAGGUUAAGUAAAUCGAUCACUUCUAUGCGCGUAAAAAUGCACAUACAAGUAUCCCAUUACUUACGAAUUGUCGGACUUACGGCCAAUUAUGCUAGUGAUUAAAAAUUAGUAAAUUAUAUCGAAGCUGAUUGAGUACUUGUUAAUCAAUGAGCUCCAAAUUAUAUACUAAUUUUAUAAAUUAUAUAUUAUUAAAUAUUAACAGUUAUAUUUUUCAGAAAAAUUAGUAUUAUUUUUUAAUCACUUGUUGAAGUUAAUUUAUGUUUACUA